AUGGCGGAGCCGCCGCCCGGAGCCGCCGCACCGCGGGGCCGCGGCCGGGCCUGGGAGCGCGGCGGCUCCGCGCAGGACGGUGAGAACGGCACGGAGCCCUCCGGCACCGCUCAUAACGGGUCGAGCACGGAGCUCCCUGGACCCGCUUUGAACGGUUCGGGCACGGAUGCCCCCGGCCCCAUUCACAACGGUUCGGACACGGAGCCUCCCGGUCCUAAUGAGGACGGGCCGGGCACGGAGCCCCCCAGCCCCGCUCACAACGCUUCGGACACGGAGCCCCCCAGCCCCGCCGAGGACGGGCCGGGCACGGAGCCCCCCAGCCCUGAGGAGGACGCGGCUCCCCCGCUGGGGCCGGAGCUGUCGCUGGUGCCGCCGGAGCUCCGCGCGCGGCUGCUGGACCGGCGGGACUACCGGGGCCGUGCCCAGGCCGUGGAGCAGCUGCGGCGGGCGGUGGAGGGCUGCAGCCCGGCCGCGCUGAGCGCCGCGCCCGCCGCCGCCCUGCUGGGGCUGAUCGCGCUGCUGGACGCGCUGCUGCACGACCCCAACUUCGCGGUGGCGCGGGGCGCGCUGGAGGUGACCCGGCUGCUGGCGCUGCGCCUCGGCCGCCGCGUCCCCGCCGUGCUGGCCCCGCUGGUGUGCGCGGCCGCCCGGGCGCUGGGGGACGCGCAGCCGGCCAUGCGGAGGGACAGCGGGCGGCUGCUGCUGCGGCUGAUGGCGGCGGCCGGCCCGCGGCCCGUGCUGCGCCUGCUGCUGCAGGAGCGGCUGCUGCGGCACCGCAGCGCCCGGCUCCGCGAGGAGCUGCUCAACACGUGCAUCGCCGCGCUGCUCACCUACCCCGCCGCCCAGCUGGACCUGCCCCAGCUGGCGGCCGCCCUGGCCCCGGCGCUGCUGGACGCCAAGCGCAGGGUCCGGCACGCUGCCAUGGAGGCGCUGGCCGCGCUGGGCUCGGCCCUGGGCCCCGGCAACAACGGCGCGCUGCUCCGAGCCCUGGAGGCGGUGGAGCUGCGGGCCGGCGGAGCGGGGGUCGUGCACGCCGUGCAGGCCCGGCUGGCCAGGAAGGUGCUGCCCCGGCUGGGCGAGCAGGGACUCGUGGAGUACGGAGUGCCCUCGCCCUCCUGCGGGCUCUGCCGCGGGCCGUGCCAGCCGCCCGGAGCCGACACCGAGUGGCUGCUGAUGGGCAGCAGGAGCCGGAGCGCCCACGGGCACUGCGGGCACCCCGCCUGUGCCCAGCGCCGAGCCAGCCCCAGGAGAGUCCUGAGCGCCGGCAGAGGCAAAAACAAACUGCCCUGGGAGAACGAGCCGGCUGCGGACAGGGAAGGUGGCUCGGGGGUGAGGAUGCCCGUCACGAAGGGUGUGGAGCAGCUGGCUGCAUCCAGUGAUUUCCCUCACUCCCUGAAGCUCCAUCCCCCGCAGGGAAUCCCAGGCAGUGAGGAGCUGUUUCCCAGCAGGAGCAGAACUUGCAGACCUUCACUGCAGCCCAGUGUGGAGCUGAACCUGGAGCAUCCUGUGCUCUCUGCUGGUGCUCUGGGCUCUCACCAGCCCCAGAUUUCAGGGAAAUGUGGGACACUUGGACACCCCCAGGCACGUGGGAAGAGUGGCAGUGUGGGCUCUGAUCUGCAGUUUUUGGGAUUAAAUAACUGUCAGCAGGACAAAGUUUGUUCCAGCCUCAGUUUUUCCAGCAAGACCCAGAGGAGUUUUUGCACUCAGGCAGAGCCCACCACGUCCUUCCAAGGUCCCAGUGGCAGCCAGGGCAGCUUCAUCCUGCCCUCCUUCCCCCUGUCAUCCCCCAGGAACAGCCCCAAGCAGCUCUCUGCUCCUGCUGCCUCUCCAGGGAAGUCCCAAGAGGAUCCCAGGAGCCUCUCCAGCUCCUGGCCCCUCAAAAGCUUCCAGGGGCUGCCUAAGCCUGGCUGCCAGAGGCAGCUGCUCAGCCAAAAGCCAGGAGACAGCACAGGAGACAGCCCACUGGAGAAGCCUUCUCUGCAUCUGGAGAAGCCUUCCCUGCAGCUGGAGAGGAAUUCCCUGCAGCUGGAGAGGAAUUCCCUGCAGCUGGAGAGGAAUUCCAUGCAGCUGGAGAAGCCCCCCAUGCAGCUGGAGAAGCCCCCCCUGCAGCUGAGGGCUGGCCUGGGCAGGGUCCCAGGGGGGCUGCGGGGGUCCCGGCCCGUGCCCCCCAUCCCGCGCCUGCCCCGGGAGGGCAGCGAGGGCGCGGAGCUGCAGCUGGAGCCGGAGGAGGUGGACCAGGAAGAGCUGUGGAGAAUUGCACCUAUAAAAUGUGUUUAUCUGAACAGGUCAGACACUUUUCCAGCACUUGGCAGCAAAUCCCACCCUGCAAAAGUAUCUCCAGCAAGGCCCAGAGAUGCAGAGGGGGCAGAGCAUCACCCCAGCACAGGCCCUGCAGAGUCAGUGCCUGGUUUUGCACCGAAGAACGAUCUGGAGUUUACACCUGAAGACGUUGCUGUUGUUGGUAAAGGUGUUUUUGGGAGCGCUCCUGCCCCAGCUCCCAGCCAGUCCAUGCCCUGUGUGGCCACUGGGGACAGCCAGGCUGCCAGGGAGGGAGCAGAGCCAGCCCCAGGGAGAAGCUUCCAGCAGAACAGCACUUCCCAUUCCCACUGCCAUGCAGGGAGUGAAGGAGAGAUAAAAGUGACCUUGUCAAAAUCUGCUCAGGAGAAGCUGAGGAGGAAAAGGAAAGAAGACAGAGAACACAACCAUAAAGAGCAGGAAAGCAAAGACUUGGAAGGGAAGGAAGAAUUCCCUUGGGAAAGGAUUAGACUGAGUAUGAGUGAACCAGAGAAACUCACAGCAGAAAGGUUUAAUCUCUGUGGGGAUUUAUUGACAUCGCCAAGAAAUGGAUCUUUGUCCUUAGAAAAUGUGGCCUUGAACCCUUCCCUGAAAAGAACAUCCAGUUUGAAGAGAUCAAAGUGUUCAUCCUUGCUAGAUUCUGAGGAGCCGUGCCCGGCGCCGCGGGGCCGCUGCCGGGAGCCGCCGGUGCCGCCGAGCCCCGAGGUGCUGGACCCCACCGAGCUGCAGCCCUUCCCCAGACCCGAGGCAGCGCUGGCAGAGGCGCUGGCACUGCUGGCUGAUCACGACUGGGAGAAGAAAAUUGAAGGUCUGAACUUUGUCAGGUGCUUGUCUGCCUACCAUGCCCCUAUUCUGACUGCAAAGCUCCAUGAAACAACUCUGGCUGUGGCUCAAGAGGUCAAGAAUUUACGCUCAGGUGUUUCUCGAGCUGCUGUGGUCUGUUUAGGGGAUUUGUUCACCCACCUGAAAAAGAGCAUGGAUCAAGAACUAGAUAAUGCAGUAAAAGUCCUUUUGCACAAAGCUGGGGAAUCCAACACUUUUAUAAGGGAAGAGGUAGACAAGGCACUGAAGGCCAUGGUUAAUAAUGUGACUCCAGCACGUGCACUUUGUUCUCUUAUAAAUGGAGGGCAAAGCCACCUGCACUCAGCCGUGAGGAGAUGCACGGCACAGCACCUGGGGGACGCGGUGCAGCGCCUGGGCCCCGAGCGCAUCCUGGCGGGAGCCAGGCCCGCGGCCGAGCGGCUGCUCCCCGCCAUCGCCAGGUUCACCCAGGACAGCUCCCAGCAAACACGGUACUACGGGCGGAGGAUGCUCUUCAUCAUGAUGGCUCAUCCUGACUUGGAUAAAACCCUGGAGAAGUUUGUGCCAGCCAAGGAUUUGCCUUACAUUAAGGAAACUGUUGGCACUCUACGAGAGAAGGGCCUGGGGGAGAUGCCCUUGGAUACACCCUCAGCCAAAGGAAGGCGUUCCCAGACUGGAAAUGUUGGACAUUUGAGGUCAUCCUCUACUUGCAGAGAUGCUCCCAUCAUCCCAGACAGGGACGGCACGGAGGCCCAGGAAGCCCCAAGGAGAGCAGCUCCUCGCAGUGCCCUGGAGAGUGAGGAGUAUGUCAGGGACAUCGUGGGGUUACUGAACGCCAAAGAUUUCCGGGAGCGCAUCAGCGGCGUCCGGCAGCUGCUGCUGGACACCGAGAGCAGCCCAGCCCUGGUGCUCGCCAACGUCGUCAGGAUCUUUGAUGCUUUCAAGCCUCGCUUACACGACUCCAACAGCAAAGUGAACCAGGCAGCUUUGGAGACCAUGCACAAGAUGAUUCCACUGCUCAAAGACAAUUUAUCACCUGUGAUCAACAUGUUAAUUCCUGCCAUAGUGGACAACAACCUCAACUCCAAAAAUCCAGGGAUUUAUGCAGCUGCCACAAACGUUGUCCAGGCCCUAUGUCAACACUUAGACACCUCCCUGCUGCUGCAGCCAUUCUGCACAAAAGCCCAGUUCCUGAGUGGAAAAGCAAAGCAGGACCUGACAGAAAAGCUGGCUGAGCUGGUGCCGGAGCUGUACCCACGGAAGCCCUGUGCUGUGGAGCAGAAGGUGCUGCCCGUGCUGUGGCACCUGCUGGGCCCGGCCAGCGGCGGCUCCGUGCCCGGGCCCCGCACGGCCGCGGCCAGCCUGGCCCGGGCCCUGUGGGCACAGAUGGGCCCCGGCCUGCUCGCCCACGCCGCGGCCCAGCCCCCGCACAUCGGCAAGAGCCUGGAGGAGCUUUUGGAGAUGUAAAAUCGCCGCUCCUGCAGAGGCUCCAGCCCAGGACGUGUCCCUGGAUUGCUCAUGAAGAACCACACGGUCACAUCAGCAAAGUGCUUUACGUGGAAAAGUGGAAGAGGAUCCUGGACACAGUGAUGCAGUGCUAUUUGUGAAAAACAUGUAUUUUUAUACCCCCACAGGCAGUGGUGCAGUAUUUGUUGUCUCAGAGCUUGGCAGUGAGGAGAAUGAGCCCUGACCCUUCUCCUUCCCCAGCUGCAGGCUCUGGACACACUGGACAUGGGACACAAUGGGAUAUAUAAAUAAAGGGAUUUAUUUCUGUA